CCUGCAUAUCCAAUCCCUGCGAGAAAGACCAGUUUUCUAAAUGCUUUUAAAGAGGACACAUUAAAACAGAUUUUACUGCAUUCUGUUAAACGGCAUCAACUUUUCAACUCUUUGCACAAUUGUUUUCAAAACAGGUCGUACAUCGAUUACAAUAAACACGAAAACAAGAUUUUUUUUCUAACACAUUGAUAGGAGGCGUAAAGUCACUCCAAAAUUAUAACAACCCUAAAUACACUAUUCUUUUUUCGUUUGAAAUUGCUUUGUAAAAUUGUUUUAAAAGUUUAAAUUUGCAUAAGUGGUCAAAACAUCGUCUUUAAUAAAUUCAGUGUUAAUUUCCAAUAAUGGCUCUUAUAUUUAAUUACAUAACACUCGCUCUCUUCACAAUUUUGUGUGGCUUGUUUAUUUAUUUAUACUUUUAUUUCACUCGAAACUUCAACUUCUGGAAGGAACUCGGUGUCUCUUACGUGAAACCCCUGCCGUUUGUAGGCAAUCUAAAAGAAGUGAUGUUCCUGAAGGAAAAUGUAGGGAAGACCUUUCAAAGGAUCUACAACGAACAUAGCGACAAGCCGUUUGUGGGUAUCUUCGCGUUCGACCAGCCGAGUUUGUUGAUUCGCGACCUGGACUUGGUGAAGAAUAUUCUGGUGAAGGAUGCGCAGUACUUCAUUGACCGUGUCAUCACAGUUGACGAAAACGUGGAAUCCUUGUGUGCAAAUACCUUGUUUUCGAUGAAAGGAAAACGCUGGCGAAAAGUCAGAGUGAACUUGACCCCGGCAUUUACAUCGGCAAAGAUGAGGAUGAUGUUCAAACUUGUGGAACUCUGUGGCAAGGACCUGGUGAAGUACCUGGACAUAGUCACAGCUGACGGGUGCCCAGUUGAUGCGAGGGAGACGAUGGCCAAGUUCACGACCGACGUGAUAGCGUCUUGCGCCUUCGGCAUUAACAGCAACUCGCUCAAGAAUCCCGACGCCGAGUUCAGACGAUACAUGCGCAAUAUUUUAGACUUCUCAAUUAGAAAAGGAUUGGCAGCAUUGACGGCGCUCUUCGCCCCUAAUCUUAAGAGGAUCUUGAAGCUGAAAUUUGUUGAUGACGACACAACCAACUACAUCAGGAAGGCCGUUUGGCAGACAGUGGAUUACAGGGAGAAGAAUGAGUUAAUACGAAAUGAUUUUCUGGAUUCUAUAAUCGAAAUGAGAAAUAAAUGGAAAAGGAGCGUCCAAGAAGACAAAAUACCAGCAAAGAGUCAAGAGAACGAUUCACAUUUUGGUAAGUUGAGAGCAUUCUUUUAUAUGAUAUGGGUAAUACCAAAAUAAUGCAUCAAAUUUAACUUCUAAACAGUACGAGGAACAUUUUAAUUUAAUCGCAAAAAUUUACGU